GGGGGCUAAACGUCACCAGUCCGAAGUCUUCCCCAGAGUAGUCCUGACAUGAGAGAGGGCUGGGAGUAACUUGGACGAGGACUAGCAUUCAUGUAGUCAUCGUGUUUGGAUGUUUUGUUGAGUUAGAGCUACGGUCCAGUUGGUUGUACUCCGAGGAAAAAAAGGGGGGGGGACCACCAGUAGCAGCAGGUGCACGUGGAUCGCAAUAAAACUAAAAGCAAACUCCUCUCCCUCCACACGGACUGAACAUCAGCGGAUCGAUAAAACACUUAGAAGAUCGAGCUGAAACGAGAGAAGUGAGAUAAUGGUUUCCACCGCGGUCCCCUCCCCGAGAAUAGCGUGUUAAUCCUGGCGAAACGAAGCAGCGUCUUGUCCCGUCUCUUCACACGCAAACAUGGAGAAAGUUAUCUGUGAGCAACGUUAACGCUUACCUCGACGUUCAUGUUCGCCGUGAACUUUUACACUUGUUUUGCCUUGUUUUGGAGUGACAACCCGGUGGAUGCAUGCGGAGACUCUUGCACAGAUUUUCAGGAUAGUGCCAGAGCAGAAGAGAGGCAAUGGAGAAGAAGAACAAUACGACCGACCGGACCCGCUCCCCCGCUGACGGUAGAGCCAAAGAGCGAGUGGAAAGUGUGGAUCCAUAUGGCUUUGAGCGCUCUGCAGACUUUGAUUAUGACUCCUAUGAGGAGCUCAUGUCUGAGUAUCUUGUUGUGCUCACCCGACGAUCCAUCAAGUGGUCCAAACUACUCAAGGGAAGAAGCAGGGUGCAGAAGAAUGUAAAAUUAAAGCGUUAUGUACGCAAGGGAAUCCCUAAUGAGCACCGUGCUCGCAUCUGGAUGGCAACCAGUGGGGCUCAAGACCAGCUAGAGAAGAACCAAGGGUACUACCAGUCCCUGCUGGGAGCCCAGCAAGACCCAAAGCUUGUGGGGGUCAUCCGUACAGACUUGAACCGAACGUUUCCAGACAACAUCCACUUCCGCAGGAUGUCGAACCAAUGUCUGCAGAAAGCUCUGUCCAAUGUGCUGCUGGCUUAUGGCCACCACAACCCAACUGUGGGCUACUGUCAGGGGAUGAACUUCAUAGCUGGGUAUCUACUUUUAAUCACAAAAGAUGAGGAGACAUCAUUCUGGCUGAUGGAUGCACUGCUCGGGAGAAUUUUACCAGACUACUACAGUCCAGCCAUGCUGGGGCUGAAGACGGACCAGGAGGUGUUAGGCGAACUGGUGAAGGUUAAAAUCCCUGGAGUCUGGCAGACCAUGGUGGAUCAUAAUGUCAUGUGGACCCUGGUGGUCUCCCGAUGGUUCAUUUGUCUCUACAUAGACAUAUUACCAGUAGAGACAGUCCUGAGGAUUUGGGACUGCCUGUUCUACGAGGGCUCUAAAAUCCUGUUCCGUGUAGCCCUGACACUGAUCCACCACAAUGAGGCUCUGAUCCAACAGGCCCAGUCGCUGCCCGACGUCUGCCAAAACUUCAAGCAGAUCACCCACGGACCAUUUGUUGAGGAAUGCCACACAUUCAUGCAGAAAAUCUUCACUGAACCAGGAAGUCUCUCCACGGCAACCCUGACUAAGCUGCGGGCGACGUGUCGAUCUCGUGUUAUUGCAGAAGAAUCAUGAACCUGAACUUCCUGUUGCUUUGAAUCAAUACACAUUCCACUGGGAUCAGCGCUCAGCAGUUCAUUUGCACCUUUUCUUUUUUACUGACUACUAGAUUCUGUAUAGUUUUUGUCUUGAGCAGAUUUUGAGAUGGUCGUACAGUCUUAACUGUAAAUACUUGGUUAAUGAGUAUAUUCUCAGAAAUGUGCUGUGAGCUCAUGACUCCAUUUAAGAUUAACAUGUAGUUUGUCUUUGAAUAUGCACUUUACUUCAGAAAGUCAGAGACACUGUUGAGAAGGAAGCUCGGCAGUGAAGGUCUGAUAAAUUAUGUGUUGCAUACUAUAAGCACAAGCCAAGAGGAACCUGCCUACUGUAUUUCACAGUAAAUGAUGAAUGACUGACAAAAUUCCA